AUGGGUUCCACACAGGGUUAUGGAACUGAUGAAUCUGACUCUAGAAACGAUGAAUCUGAUCGUUUGGAUGACUAUGGAUUUGAUGAAUCAAAUUUUAAAUGGACCUAUCGUUGUUAUAAUGCCGUUAAUAAGCCUCAGGUAGAAAGUGGGGAUAAAGUUAUAUUGCCUCAGUCUGCACUCCAUAGUCUUGCAACUACGCAUAUGGAAUACCCCAUGUUGUUUGAGCUUUGGAAUCCUUCCACGGAACAUGUUGCAUAUUGUGGUGUCUUAGAGUUCACUGCUGAAGAAGGCGAAUUAUAUAUGCCCAAUUGGAUGAUGGAGAACAUGCAUUUACAAGAGGGCGAUUACGUGGAAGUAAAGAACGGCACCCUUCGAAAGGGGACAUAUGUGAAACUGCAACCUCACACGAACGAAUUUUUGGAUAUCUCAAAUCUAAAAGCCAUUUUAGAAACUACUUUGCGGAGCUUCACUUGUUUAACCACUGGCGACCGCAUUAUGUUGGGCUUCAAUAAUAAAAAAUAUUACAUAAACAUUGUGGAAACGAGACCAACUCCAGCCGUCUGUAUUAUUGAUACAGACUGUGAGGUAGAUUUUGCUCCCCCUCUCGAUUACAAUGAGCCACAAAGAUCUGCUACCACUCUCUCAUCAAGCCAGACACUUGAGAAAGAAGAGCUUUCAAAGGAAUUUGAGAAGUUCAUCCCUUUUACAGGGGUUGGAAGGCGUUUAGAUGGAAAGCAUUCUUCCAACAUUCAAUCUCCCAAUCCUUCCAACCCUUCCAAUCAGAAAGAAGUUCAAAAAGAAGCCCCUAAGGAAGACCUCUUAAAGGAAGCCCGUAGGGAAGACCUCUUAAAGGAAUUUGAGAAGUUAACCCCUUUUACUGGGGUUGGAAGGCGGUUGCAUGGUAUGCAUUUUUCCAACAUUCAAUCUCCUAACUCGUCUACUAAUGUUCAGAACCCUUCUACCAAUAUUCAGAAAGAAGCCCUUAAGAAAGAACCCAAAUUCCAAGCAUUUUCAGGCAAAAAUUACAGAUUGAGGGAGUGA